ACAUUCUCUCGCCAAUAAAAGGACGAUUUUUUCAUUGUUACCUGAAGUAGGAUAGCAGAAGGAAGUAGGUACAAGAUAAGUGAAGCUUGCAGCUAAUGACUAAAUAAUGUCAGUAUUAUUCAAGUCCCUGAGAAUAGCAGUCGCUAUUUCAGCGAUCGAUUUAUACGUUAGAAACGCAGUGACCGCAACAGAGAACAGUAUGGCUUCAAAAAUACCAGCUUUCACGAUGAAUAACGGCAGAGAUAUGCCUUCUAUCGGAUAUGGUACUUGGCAGGCAAAGGAUGACGAACUGGAGAAAGCAGUAGAAGCUGCUUUAGAAGCAGGAUAUAGACAUAUCGAUACAGCUUAUGUUUACGAGAACGAGAAGGUUAUAGGAAAAGUGCUGAAACGAUGGUUUGACGAAGGAAAGGUCAAAAGAGAAGAUAUCUUUUUGGUGACCAAGCUUCCACCUGGUGGUGUUAGACCUGAGGGCGUUUCCAAGUACCUGAAUAAAUCUCUGGCUAAUUUACAAGUAGAUUACGUCGAUUUGUAUCUGGUUCAUGUACCGUUUUCAUUCAAAGAUAUUGAAGGUAACUUACACCCAACAAAACCCGAUGGCACCAUAGAUAUGGAUACAUCAACCGAUCAUGUUGCUAUUUGGAAGGAGAUGGAAAAACAGAUGGACAGCGGAAAAACGAAAGCAAUUGGACUCUCCAACUUCAACAAAACGCAAAUAGAAAGAGUGCUGAAAAAUUGCAGAAUAAGGCCCAGCGCUUUACAGAUCGAACUGCAUGCCUACCUUCAACAGAACGAAUUGGUCGAUUUCUGUAAACAGAACAAUAUUAUAGUGACAGCAUACUCUCCCUUAGGCUCCCCUGGGCUAGCAGCUUUUGUUGCCAAUUUCGGACAGAAGAUAGACCUGCCCGAUAUACUGGGAAACCCUACCAUCAAAGCCAUCGCAAAGAAGCAUUCUAAAACCGAAGCGCAAGUGGUUCUCCGUUUCGACAUUCAAAGAGGAAUAGUACCCAUCCCUAAAAGUACAAAUCCAGCAAGGCUAAGACAAAAUCUCGACGUUUUCGAUUUCGAGCUAGACGAACAGGACAUUAAGGAACUCAAAGGUUUGGAUGCCGGCGUUAGGAUAUUGAAUUUCCAACUUUUCAAAGGGAUACAGCAUCAUCCUGAAUAUCCUUUCAAGUCAGAAAUCAAGGAGUAGAUUCAUUAGGAAUUCGUCCGUGAAAUACGGAUUAUUAUCAAGAACUUUUGAGUUUUACCUAGUGUUGUACAAGAAUGAAAUAAACAUUUUUAAUUGUA